AUGCGUGUCACACUUCUCUCGUUCGUCUGGCUCUACGCCGCCCUUGCCUCAGCGACCAUUACAUGGUCGUUGCAAAGGGUCUCGAACCCGACGUCAGACCAAUCCGACGCAUACACCCGCAUCACAAGCGCUAUGAACUUGGCAGUCGGUCGCUACAAUAGACUGGCCUCCCGUGCAAGCAAAACCAUCACGGUCCAAUACGUCCCCGGUGUGGCCACUGCGGAUGGCAGCUUCAGCGGCAACAUCCGAUUCGGCUCGAACCGUUCGUACAUGAACGAGCGAACUUCGCUCCAUGAAAUCGCACACACUCUCGGUAUCGGUCAGACUCAAGCCUUCACCGACAGGUGUAACGCCAACAACUGGCCUUCGGCAACCGCGCUCCUGCGAACAUGGGACGGAUCGUCGGCAGUCAUUAACUGCGGAGGAGGCCACAUCUGGCCAUACGGGUUGAACUACGACACCGAAUGGAGCGAGUCAAAUGCGAACCGACAUUGCCAGCUGAUUAACGCUAUGUUGGCUGAUGGGCUGGCAAACUGA